GACCCCGAGGCCGAGGCGCCCCCGGCCCGGAGCGCGGAGGCCGCCCCGAGCGGCGCGGCCGAGGCGGUGGUCGUGGCCAGGUCGGAUCCCAGAGACGAGAAACUGGCCCUGUACCUGGCGGAGGUGGAGAGGCAGGACAAGUACCUGCGCCAGCGGAACAAGUACCGCUUCCACAUCAUCCCCGACGGCAACUGCCUCUACCGGGCGGUCAGCAAGACGGUGUACGGGGACCAGAGCCUGCACCGCGAGCUGCGGGAGCAGACGGUGCACUACAUCGCCGACCACCUCGACCACUUCAGCCCCCUGAUUGAGGGCGACGUGGGCGAGUUCAUCAUCGCUGCUGCUCAGGACGGGGCCUGGGCCGGGUACCCGGAAUUGCUGGCCAUGGGGCAGAUGCUGAAUGUGAAUAUCCACUUAACGACUGGAGGGAGGUUGGAGAGCCCCACGGUGUCGACCAUGAUUCACUAUUUGGGCCCGGAGGAUUCCCUAAGGCCUAGUAUUUGGCUGAGUUGGCUCAGUAAUGGACAUUAUGAUGCGGUGUUCGAUCACUCCUUUCCCAAUCCAGAGUACGACAGUUGGUGCAAGCAGACUCAAGUGCAAAGAAAACGCGAUGAAGAACUUGCGAAGUCCAUGGCCAUAUCCCUAUCCAAAAUGUAUAUCGAACAAAAUGCAUGCUCGUGAAGUGUCUGAAAACCUACACCCUGGGAGAAUUGCAUACGUAAUUUGUGUUUGGAGAAUUCUAUGAACUCGAAUCAGGGUAAUAGCACUUUUAAACUUCCUAGUAGAUUUACUGUAGGUGUAAUGCCUUAAUCGUUUUUUUGAAUGUUUUCUCAGAGCUGAAGGUUGCUGGGCACCUAAAUGAUGUUUCAUGAUAGCUUUGGGUGAUGUUAUUGCUAUUUAUAAUUUGCUGUAUAAAGUUGGCACUACAUAAGUUGCAAGCUGAUUUCUCAUAGUGUAAAUUUGUUCAUUCCUGGUAAUCUAUUUUCUAUAAAAAUGUAUUUUUGCACAACAUUUUUAAAAAUUGGUGUACCUUCACCUAUGAUGUGUUCCAUUUUGACAAACAGCUUUCCGGCAUAAAUCCAGAGAAGUGCUUUAUAUGAAGUUUAUUAUUUUGAACAGAGUUUGUGAAUUUAGUAGUUAUUUUAUGUUGUUGAAUUUGAAUUUUGCAGUUCUUAGGUAAUUACUUCAAAUGGAUAUUGAUGCACUCGUGUUACCAGAUGAUAGGCCCAUUCCAUUUUGAUGAAACAAACAGAUUUGUUUUGGAAAUCAUUAUUUUUCUAGAAAUGGUCAACGUUUUAAAGAGAAAUACUUAAGGGAAGGUUGUGGAAAGAGUUCUUUUUUUUCUUUAAGGCAUAAUAGUACCAGCUCUUACUUGAAUGAAAGUCUGAUAUUUGCUGAUAGCAGAGUGAUUAUUCUGUACUCUGGUUGAUGUUUAGAGUAGAUUGUCUGGUGCUUUGAAUUGUUUUUAUUUAUAUUUGUCAUUUUGUUAUAAAUGAAUUUUAACAUGGUCUAAGACUUUGUGACAAGAUAAGCCGCCUGCUUUGUAUAGCAUCUUGGAUUCAACUAAGAGAUUUAAAAAUUAAUAGCGUAAAUGCCUGGAACCAACCUUGGCAGUUAUUUUAUAGCAGGAGGAUACUGUCUUAAUAUUUUGUUCCUUUUAAAUUCUUUCAGAAGGCAGAGUAGGAUUGCCCUGUAUUAUGUACAAAUAAAAACGUCUGUAAACAGAGCUUGUAUGGUUUGCUGGGUCAAACAGUGUUCCCAAUUGAAAAUAUCUCAUUUCCACUUUAACUACUUUUAGUCAUAUUUAUUAAGUAAUGCAGUUUGUACUUUUUUAUUUUGUAACAUUUUGUGAUUUUUUUUGUACAAUAUUGUAUUUGUACAAUAGAGCAAUUCUCAGCUGAUGGAAUGAAUGAAUAAAAUGCAUAAUUUUACUUUUA